CGUUGCACCGUCGAGCUCCUGACGGCGCCAUCGUCGACACAAAGAAAGAACGACCUACACGAAUGAAGAGUGGCUAUGUGGACGUGCUGUUCGCCAAUGUCACGCACUACGGGGAAAAGGUGCGACGCUACGUGGAGCACUGCAGUUUUGACAUGGUCGGCUUAGCAGAGCAUCGCCUGCUCCCAAAGGCCGCCAAGCAGGAGAUCAAGAAACUGAGAUUCAAGGGGUGGCAAUCCCAGUUCUCGUGGACGCCUGCGACACCAUCGAUGCGGAGUAAGUCUGGUACUCAAGGGGGGACGUGCUGGCUUGCCAGAGCAGGCCACGUCACGGCAGCACACUUGCCCGAUGGCACGGGGCACAGUGUAUGUCAGAAAGAACUGCACGACAUCUCGAUCAUCCUCUGGCGUUUGAAAGGGGCGACGCUGGCUUUGAUCUCGGUGUAUCUUGAUUGCAGUGUGGGACUAGACGGACCAGCGAACGUCGCCAAGAUGGUACAGCUGACACGCGUGGUGAAGUCCCUAGGAGUGCCAUGGGUAGCACUUGGAGAUUGGAACAACACACCGACGCAGAUGCAGCAGUCACCAUGGUUGAAGGCUCUGAGGGGAGAGUUGCUGAUACCAAGCGAUUGUACCGUCACUUGUUCCACAGGCAAAGGCAGACUCAUUGAUUACGGGAUAGCUUCGCGAGACUUUCGCCCUUUUGUGAAGGAAUUCAAGCCUGUGAGGGAAGUUCCAUGGAGCCCGCAUGUGGGCCUCCACCUGCGCCUGCACUCGCGACCCGCCUCGGUCAAGGUGCAGAUGCCGAUCCAGCCAGUGAAGAUCGAGAUCGCCACCACCACGGCCCACAAAGAGAAAGGACUCAAGCGAGCCCAACGUGAUCGUGAGAAGUAUCAGAAGAUGGUGGCAGCAGCAGCAGAGCGCGACGAGAAUGCAGCAACACCAGGAGACCUGCAUCAUGAUGAGUAUGGGCACCUCCUGGAGACGACGUACGCCACUAAGCAGAAAGAGGCGACCAGCGAUGAGCAGUGGUUUCAGGCGCUGGCAGACACCCGAGGACGAGCGGUUCAAGACCCAGUUGAUGAUGUGGCAGACUCCUGGGCGCAUCGGCUGGACCCUGAGGGCUCCAACAAGCUGGCCUACCACUUUGGCGAAUGGUCAGUAGCAGCGGAGCAGUCACUGUGCAUCAUGACGGAUGCCAAGCCAAAAGAUAAGUUGCGAAGAGGAUGCAACCCCAAGUUCACGCUGCGCAAGGUCACCAUUCAAGAGAAGACAGACCCCUUCUUGGACGCGGCCCUCAGGGAAAAGGCGAAUCUGUGGGAGGCCUUGGCUGCCAGACUGAGGGAGUUGGCAAUACUGAAGGCGCGGCAGAAGAAAGAUGAACACUUGAAGCUGGUUGAGAGCGUCAUGCGCUCGCUCAGUCAGCGCAUCGAGCUCAUUGACCAGGCCAAGGGCGGCAUGCAGGACACCGACAGGGACAAGGAGGAGGACAGCAGGGUGCUGCUCAACUUGACGCAGUAUCUAGCAGGCCAGCCUUGUCAGUCACUGCGGGGCCCGCUGGGCCCAAAGCCGUCAAAAAAGCAGCGGAAGGCCGGAGAGAGCGGCACCCAGAAGGAGGCGACGGAGAUUGUCCCACCAGUGGCCACCAGCAGCAUGGACUGCGAGGACGACCCCUUCGUGCAGAUGGAUGCGGAGGCGGACGAGCCCAACCUGCAGCAGCUGCAGGACCUCGAUGGCGGGAAGCUCGACACCUACGGCUCCACCGACUGGGGGUACAUCGUCCCAACUGGCCCGCUCUACGGGGUUGGGACCACGAGCGACGAGGGAAGCAAGCAGUUCGACACCCUCGACGCCGUCUACUGGGAGCACGCCGCCCCAACUGGCCCGCUCUACGGGGUUGGGGCCAAGAGCGUCAGGGAGCGCGAGCAGGACCCUGAUGGCGGGAAGCUCGACACCGAUGGCUCCACCGUCUGGGGGCACAUCGUCCCAACUGGCCCGCUCUACGGGGUUGGGACCACGAGCGACGAGGGAAGCAAGCAGUUCGACACCCCCGACGCCGUCUACUGGGAGUACACCGCCCCAACUGGCCCGCUCUACGGGGUUGGGGCCAAGAGCGACAGGAAGUGCGAGCAGUUCUACUCCGAUGUCACUGUCUACUGGUUGUUCGUGGAUGUCAGAACGCUCCAGGGCCCCGCAAGGGAGCCCUGGAUCGCCGUCGCCACCUGGACGACCCGCGCCCUGGGCACUCCAGCCACAGGCCACAGUGGGCAGGAGCAGAUGAGGACUGAGCUAGGUGAGCCCCUCGACUCCCCCACCACCCUGAUCGAGCCAGGUGGGCCCUCCGUGACGUCGAGUGAUGGAUGCUUGGACCCAGACACCAGGAAGUGGGAGAUGGACCCGCAGAAAGGAAUUCAACUUCGACGACGGCAGUGGGAACGGCGAUGGACGGCUCACAAGGAGUUUGCCACGAAGGAGCUCCCGCAAGCCAUGCGCGACCUGAAGAGCAAGGCACUGGAGGCGCUCGCCGAAAGGCCCUUCCUCACGCGUGAGUGCCUAGACAUGGCGCUGAGCAGCUUCCAGGACUUAGAGAAGUUUUACGAUUUGGUAGACUUAGGCAUAUUAGCAGUACGUGCAGCGCAGGUCGAGUACCCCCCAGUAGAGCUGUACAUGUGCAUCAUGUCGUACCUCUGCCCUAGGCUAGUCAAGGCUAAUAAGAUCUACAGUGACUUGAUCGUUCCUGACAAUGGGAUGGUACCAGGAUGCGGGAAAGCUAACCACGGAGCGCGAGCACUACUCUAUCAUGUGCUAGAAGAAGUACAUCUAGCCGUCCCGAUAGCGAGGUUGCGACAGUUCGUGGACGACAUCACCGUGAGGGUCGAGGGCCCUGACGACGUGGUAGGUGCAGCGGUGUCGAAAGCAGCGAGCGUCCUGGUUGGAGGCUGCCUCAAGGCGAGGCUCAGGAUCUCCGACAAGUCAACCAUCCUUGCCCAGAACCCCCAGGACGCCCUGGAGGUGGAGAGGCCCCUGGCCGAGUUUAAUGUUUCCAUCAAGAAAGGCAAGGAGAUGAAG